AUGGAGAUAAAAAGAUUGAAAAAUAUUGUAACCACCAGUUCCCUCGAUAAAACACUAACAAAUUUCUGGAAAGACAUUCGAAACCAAAUAAGAACAGAUAUUAAGGCAGAGCUGACAGCUGAGUUGGAUAUUCUCAAACAAGAACUUACAGAUGAGAAGAAUAAAGUUAAAGCAUUGGUAUCAGAGAGAGACAAACUUAAAGAUGAAAUGCUAAACUUUGCCAAAAGACAAAACAACUUGGACAACGAAGUAAGAGCCGCAGUAAUAAUGGGGAAUAAUGAGCAGUAUUCUAGGAAACGAAACAUCAAACUACUGGGCAUGAAAGAAAACGAAAACGAAAAUCUAAGAAACGAUUUUAAAAAGCUAGUCACAGAAUGUGCCAGUAUGAAUAUACCUGAUAACCAAAUAGUAGCAAUACACAGAAGUGAUACAAAAACAGAUGUUAUGAAGAACAGACAAGGAUUUAAAGGUAAAGGACUAAAUAUAUUUGACAAUGUGACAAAACGGAAUUCUGAACUCAUAAAUAGGCUGAAGAACAACUCUGAUAUAUACAGUGCAUGGUACUUCAAUGGAAAGAUUUAUGCAAGAAGCACACUGGGAAAACGAUAUUCCUUCGAACUCUACGAGAAUAUAAAAGAAAGAAUUGCAGCAUCCACGAACAGAGCUCGACAUUAA